CGGCCGAGUUCUGACAGACGCUGGACGUGCUGUCGCGCGUCAUCGCGCCACGGUCAUGUGAUGCUAUAAUGCCUGAUUUGGGCAAGUUCAAGUUCCCCGGCCGAUCCCCUGGGUAUUAGGCACAAGUCCCGAGCGCAUACUAAUACCACCUCGAAGGUGUGGGUUCAGUCACUCCCCCUGAUGGCCGCGGUCGCCCCAUACGCCAGGCAGCCAUGGAAGACCAUUUACAUUACUUCCGAAGUGCUCCUUAUCAUUACUUUGUUGCCAGUAUGGGCAGUUACUUUUCUAUUCACGCGCCCGCGGCCAACAUGGUCGUGGACCCAGUCCAUGCUCGUAGCAGUCGUGCGACGCCUCGCCGACAUGCCGAACGCCGUCGGAGCGUUCUUGCCUUUCCCGGACUAUCGUGCGAUUGAACCCACGUCGAACGCAGAAGGAGCCUGGAUAGACGGUGUACCCGAUCUCAUCACCGCAGAGCUCAAGGUCUUCUCAGCAGUCGCCAACGUUGCGCCAGUCCGCAUUCCAGGGUACUGGUAUGCCAAGAAAGGUUUCCCCCGGAAACCUGCCUCCCCAGUCGAACCCAACCAAAGAGUAUUCUUACUCAUACACGGGGGAGCGUUCACGCAACUCUCUGCGCACCCUAAGUGUAUGACAUCCACCCUCCCACAGAGUCUCGUAGAACUAUCAGACAAUGCGACACACGCUCUUUCAGUAGAGUACCGUCGUUCGUCCAUUUCUCCUUUACCCGAUCAACAUCCCUUCCCAGCCGCAUUGCUUGACUGCGCUCGCAGGAUACAACUACCUCGAAACCUCGCCCUCGCCCUAGCGCGAUAUCUCGUCGAGAACAAGGGCACUGCGGACGUGCCUUUACCCUCACCUCCCGGGCAUCUCCUACUCGUCUCGCCCUGGGCAGACUUGAGUAACUCACAUGCGACUCCAGGCUCAGCGGCCUUCACUAACAACGCAGACGUUAUCGGCAGUUUUUACACGGGUAGGGGGAUAUCCGCCGGAUUCCCGCGUACGUUUAUUAUUGCUGGUGGCGCCGAAAGGCUCGUCGAUCAGAUACGUACGCUGAGAGAUAAGAUGGCCAAGGAUAUGGAAGCAAGCCAGGUGGGAUAUUACGAAGGGACGGAUGCGAUCCAUGAUUAUUUCAUUUUCACUUGGCAUCCUGGGCGCUUUGAUGUACUCAAAGCGAUCCAGGAAUGGCUCGCUUAGGCCGCUGGGUUGACAUUGUUCGUCAGUCUUAUACCCGAGAACCUAGAAAGUACCCACACUCUAAUACUGUCGGAUCUUUUUAUCCCGCAGUAUGGUUCAACUGAGGUUCGCCGUUCCUUGAACGGGGUUUACUAUAGUAAUGUUGCUCUACCGACUGUGUCGCAGUGUACGGUCUGCACGUUUUGAUACCUAAUUUGUUCCAUGCUUGGUAGUGUGUUCGCGACUGUACUUCGCAUAUCAUAGAGUCAGGGUAACUCGGUAGAAUUUUUCC